UCUACCCGCCUUCUUGCUCCAUCCACACCCGCCAAGAACUUCGGAGGCCCCACCGAAGCCCCGACUCGAAGUAAGAAGGAAGAAACCGGAGUGUUUUAACAUCAUGGGGUCGCAAGCCGAGAUCGUGUGUGUCACCGGAGCAGCCGGCUUCAUCGGAUCGUGGCUCGUGAUGAGGCUCCUCGAGCGUGGCUACACUGUCCGGGCCACCGUGAGGGACCCCAAUAAUAUGAAGAAAGUGAAGCAUUUGCAGGACUUGCCUAAUGCAAAGACGCACCUUAGCCUGUGGAGGGCCGAUCUCAACGAAGCGGGAAGCUUCGAUGAGCCAAUCCAAGGGUGCACUGGCGUGUUCCACGUCGCGACCCCCAUGGACUUUGAAUCCAAGGACCCUGAGAAUGAAGUGAUCAAGCCAACGAUCGAAGGGAUGCUCAGUAUAAUGAAGUCGUGUGUGAAGGCGAAGGUGAGGAGACUGGUCUUCACGUCUUCCGCCGGGACUGUCAAUGUUCAACCCGUCCAGAGACCUGUCCACGACGAGACCUCAUGGAGUGACCUCGACUUCGUCUGGGCGACCAAGAUGACCGGUUGGAUGUACUUUGUGUCCAAGACAAUGGCAGAGCGAGCUGCCUGGAAAUUCGCCGAAGAGAACAACCUUGAUUUCAUCAGUAUCAUACCGACCCUCGUGGUCGGCCCGUUCCUCAUGCCUUCUUUCCCUCCGAGCCUCAUCACCGCGCUUUCCCCGAUCACGAGGAACGAAGCUCACUACGGGAUCAUAAGGCAGGGCCAGUUCGUUCACCUGGACGACCUAUGCAUGUCCCACAUAUUCCUGUACGAGCACCCAGAGGCCAAGGGCCGGUACAUCUGCUCAUCGCACGAUGAGAACAUCACCGGCAUCGCAAAGCUCCUAAGGGAGAAGUACCCCGAGUAUGACAUCCCAACAAAGUUCGAAGGGGUCGAUGAGAACACAGAGAAGGUGUCGUUCUCUUCGAAGAAGCUAAGGGACUUGGGGUUCGAGUUCAAGCACAACUUGGAGGACAUGUUCGUCGGGGCUGUGGAGUGUUGCAGGGAGAAGGGGCUUCUCCCUCUUUCCCAUGAGAAGAAGCAGAAAGAACAAGUCAUGAAUGGCAGCAAUUAAUAAUAUUAAUUAAAUAAAUAAACAUUUUCUCUAAAAAGAUAAUUAUGUAUUUUUCACUUUUUUUUAUGGUUGAUUGGGAAUUGAUGUUCUCUCUCCUACAAGAGGACAGAUAAUGAAAUUGUUGGACAUGUGAUCACAAUUUCUUUUUCUCGA